UAUUUCUUCCCAUCAACCACAAAGAUCUCUCUCUCUCUCUCUACUCAUACUUUUAAUAUCACUAAAAACAGCAUUAACUCACUAAUGGCAGGAAUCAAAGUUUUCGGUCACCCUGCUUCCAUAGCCACGAGAAGAGUUCUCAUCGCUCUCCACGAGAAAAAUCUCGACUUUGAGCUCGUUCAUAUCGAGCUCAAAGAUGGUGAACACAAGCAAGAGCCUUUCAUCUCCCGCAACCCUUUUGGCAAAGUUCCAGCCUUUGAAGAUGGAGACUUCAAGCUUUUUGAAUCAAGAGCAAUUACACAAUACAUAGCUCAUAAUUUCUCAGACAAAGGAAACGACCUUCUAGCACCUGGCAAGAACAUGGCUAUCAUAGCCAUGGGCAUGGAGAUUGAAAAGCAUGAGUUUGACCCAGUUGCUUCAAAGCUUGUUUGGGAGCAAGUCCUUAAGCCGUUGUAUGGUAUGACCACAGACAAAGCCGUUGUCGAAGAAGAAGAGGCUAAGUUUGCCAAAGUCCUCGAUGUUUACGAACACAGGCUUGGUGACUCCAAGUACUUGGCUGCUGAUCACUUCACUUUGGUCGAUCUUCACACCAUCCCCGCGAUUCAGUACUUGCUUGGUACUCCAACUAAGAAACUCUUCGACGAGCGUCCCCAUGUCGGUGCUUGGGUUGCUGACAUCACUUCCAGGCCUUCUGCUCAGAAGGUUCUCUAAGUGAAUCAAACUGUUAAGUCACAAUACUGAAUAAAGGUGGCGAUGACCUCAUUGCCCUAAUUCUCUUAAACUCUGUUUUAUUUUUAAUUGUGUGUUUCCUCUGUUUUCCUUUUCGUGUGUACUCUCUGUUUUCUGCCACCGAGUGAUUGCUUUGAAUGUAAUCUUCAAUAAAGAGUCUUUGAUGAAUUAAAAAAUAUCUUUGUUAUCUUAA